CAUGACUACAUAGGCUCCUGGAGUCUAAUCCAAAUCACUCAUUGUGAAAGCUGAGCUCACAGCAGAAUAAGCCACCAUGAGGCUGUCGGUGUGUCUCCUGCUGGUCAUGCUGAGCCUUUGCUGCUACCAGGCCAAUGCUGUUGUCUGCCCAGCUGUUGUUUCUGAUAUCAUAAACUUCUUCUUCUUACCUGACGAUCUUUUAAAGCUGGAAAUUUCCAAAUAUAAUCCACCUCCAGAAGCUGUUGCAGCCAAGUUCGAAGUAAAGAAAUGCACAGAUCAGAUAUCUUCUGAGAAUCGAAGUCUUCUUCAAGACAUCCUGGUAAUUGAUUUCUCCUUUAUGCAGAGGCAUAAUUCAACUCACCUACACCUCCGAGUGUGCUGA